AUGCCCUCCCUUCAUAGCUAUCCCAGCAUUGCAGCAUUGCUGUCGUCCAUGCUGUUCCAGGUCAUCCAAUGCGCACCAGCGACAUCCCCCCUUCCCUCCCAACCAAUCUAUUCCCUUCCACCACUCCGCCCCUCCUUACCCCUUAACGCCAGCGACAACGGCAACUGCGCCAGCACCACAAAAUAUCCCAGCUGGAAUUCCAAUGACUGGGUCAUCGAAGACUGCUACAUCGCCGUGCAACAGCUUUAUUUCAGAGAAGUGCUUGAGCACCCGGAUGUAGCUUAUGAGUUCGUUGCGCUGGGGGUGUCGCCGACGAGGUCUUCGUUGGAUUCCCAGAGAACGCCGAGAAAGUAUAUCUUCAGAACUUGUGUUCUAACGAUCAUGAUGCUGGAUUGGUUCCAACCCGGGCAACUGCCGGCAGGCACAAAAUAUAAUAGAGCCCAGACGGACGUGAGCACCUAUCGCGAUAUCUGGAGUGCGGCGAGGAGUAUUGAGACGGCAUGCAUUGUCUCCAAAUCAGCGGGUUGGCUUAUGACCGGUAAUUCUUUCUCAUGA